AAAAACAAGCAGAUUUCGAGCAAAUUCCAGAGCCUCCCCGAAUAAAGAACUCUCAAGGCUUUAAGCAGAAAAGGAAGUGCAGAAAAAAACCACUAAGUAGUAAAUGCUGUUCAAUGUUUCCUGAUUCCUUUCAACAAAGUUUAAAAAAUUGCAAUAACAAGCGCACGAGAAAUUCCAUUUCCGAAGAUUCAACUACUACUACUACUUCUACACACACAAAUUUUGUUCUAACAUCAAGAUUCACGAAGCGCAGAAUGAUGAUGGACGAACAACAAAUGGAUGUGGAUGACGGAUUCCAAGCAGGCCCAAGUCGCUUGGCGCUCGAUUUGGUUCCGAAUAUCGACGACACACAAACAGGUUUUGGCGAUUUGAGUCCAUUGGAACGAUUCGUAAAAGUAUUGGAUCACAUCGAUUCUCGUGUCGAAUCUUUGCGACGUGAGGCAUUGAAUCUCCAAAGUCAAACUGAAUUGCUUAACAUGAGCAUGGAUCUCUUGAAAAAUCACGAAAAUUUGCAUUUUCUCGAGGAUUCUGAACGUGAAGAGGUCGAAUGUUACGUUCAACGCAUCAACGGACGUCUUUCGACGAUCGAAUUACGUGUUCUAACAAUGCGCGAUCAAGCCCAAGAAGAAUCUUUGCAUCAGGUCAAUCGUUUAAUUGAUGAAAUUUUGAUCUCGAGCAAAGAUCCCACCGCUGCCCGUCAAAAGUGUGCCCAAUACUUGAAUUGCUGCAGUACCUUCGAUGGUCCCGGACAGGAUUGCGUUGACGGUUUGCCGACAGAUAAACGUUUCGAAGGCGCCUUGCUCGGUUGCAGCCUUGACGAUCAAAAACGCAUCAAACAACGUCUUCUCUCUCUUUCCAAAUAUUUGGGAAAGAAAAGUGUUAGCGAUUAAUUGAUUUUUUUUUCUUUGAGCGCCCUUUUUAAAAAUUGAGCGACGAUGCCAAAAUUUAUCACAAAUUAUCUUUAAUUGCAUUUCGUGCUGUUUGUGUGACUUCUACGUUGCCGCAUGACACUCAGUUAUGAACUUGCACCCCCCUAACUUAACUUUAAUUUAUAAUUGUUAGAACAAAAAAUCAAAUCUAUUUGGAGUGAAAGCCUUCGAUGGACGGCCAUUAAGUGCUUAUUAUAUCAAAGAAAUGAAGGAAAAAAUAAAAGAACUGAUUAGUAUUUAUAUUUAACGAAAAAAAGGGAUUU